AUGGCGACCUUGGAUUCUCCGUUGGAGGUUUUUGCUUUCGACUACGUUAGCUUCGUCCUCAACAACCUCUGGACAUGGAUCGCCGUCGUGACGGCCGCCGUUAGUUUCUGGCGGAUCCGAGCCACCACAAGCGGAAGCGAAAACAUCGUCCGCUUAGUAGAAGAAUCUCCUCGUGAGCAAACGAAACAACAAGCGAGGGCUCCUCUCGUUGUAGAAACGGUACCACGAGUGACGGUAACAGAUACGGAGGCUUGGAGUCCGUUAGUGUGCAAUGACGGAGUGACAAAGGGAAAGAUAACGGUGUACUACGAGGAAGAGACUGACGGAGGGAAGGAUAAUGACGACGGAGAGGUAACGGACGUUAGCUACGGAGGAGGUGAGUGUGGGGAGUGGUGGGAGGAAUGGGAGAGAGUGGUGAGGAUGAGAAACGGAGGUGACGGUUGGUACCGUUACGUGGAUUUAACGGUGAUUAACGGGAAUGUGGUGAGGUUGUGGGAUGCUAACGGAGUUCGUAACGGUGGUUGGGUUAGUGUGCAUGGUAAGGAGUGUUAUGGUUGA